AGAACUUCUUGAUUAGACUUCUUGUUACCACCAAUAAUGUUUGUUGAGCCAGUUUCAUUUCCAGCGAAGCGGUAACCUACGAGAUGUCCCGCCUACUCUCAAACACAGAUCAGAUCCCUGAAGGCAGCAAACAAAAGCAGAUGAUCUCUCUCAUGUUCUGAUUACCAGUUUUGUACACAGGGAUCAGAAAACCAACGCAGGUGAGCCGUCUUUACCCUGGUUCUAUUCCGCAUGAUUGGUGAAGCAUUCACAUGAUGAUGGGGAUGUCAGGGAUAUUCACCAUGUGCUGUGGAGCUCUGUUCCUUGCCCUCACCUCAGUGUCGGCUGUACAAAAGCUUCAUUCAAUUAAUUCUUUGAAGAAAAUCCACUAUGGUCAAUCUGUGCCCAAACACAGUCUCUUGCUGCUCUACUGGUUUGCCAAGAUAGUGGAAAUCGAUGAGAACAACGUUAUAUGGAUGACCUUUGACCCUAACAGAGAAGAUUAUGGCUCACAUUAUUAUCACAACUCUGAGGGGGUGUUGGAAGAACUAGAUGGGAAUAAUGCAUACUACACUAUUGGCAAUCUACAUCAAGAAACUUCCAUGCAACUUCCAUCUUAUGUUUCUCGUCCCCGAACAGAGUAUGUGGGACGUAACAGGGACAGGAUCAUAAUUCGUGUCAGGCGGGUGCAGAAUACACAACGGACAGAUUUGCAGAGGAUAGAGCAUGUUUAUAUCACACAGCAUUAUGAUAUGUCUGAAAAUCUGGGGACAGAAUAUGAUCCAUAUCAUACCUACAGGAUCACUAUUAACCUCAUGAGACAGAUCAGAGAGUUUUCUGUUGGAGAAAACCAACCGCAACUGUUGCAACUCAGCAACCGCUUUGGAAGCAACGCUGAUGAUACCCAGUUAAGGGACAUCAUAAACACAUGGGGUCAUACACUUGCUGGUCUUGGACUGCUGUUGUAUAUUGUGAUACAAGAAAAGGACUCCUCUAACCAACACAACAGACAAGAAAAAAGACCAAAACAUGUGGAUGAUGCUUCCAAGAGGAAGAGCAACGUUCAGAGAGAUGUUCGCAAUCAAGCUUAUGUUCCAUUAAUGGAUGCCGACGAGGACCUCGAAGCCAACAGGACGACUAAUAGACAAUCAGGCGUCACCUCUGUACCCCGGAACAGGAGCAUGUUCUGUUGUAUUGCCAUAUUUUGUUGCAUCACAAUCGUCUUGAUUGUUGUAAUAGGUCUGUCUAUUUAUUUGACAAGUUAAAACCUUUCAGUGCAACAGUUGCAAUGAAAAGUGGAAAGAGUGCAAAUAAUAAUAACGAUACGGUGCAAAUAAGUAUAGGUGUUACAGCCCGUCUUUUCCCCUGCGCUCUAGCCUUCGUUUGUGUGUCAGAACUUUCAGGUAAAUUGCAUAUGAAGAGACUCUCCCGGUUGAUUGGUUCAGGAGUAUAAAGUCUGGACCCAGAUUUCCCUCAAGGCACAAGCACGCCACAUACCUCUCAACACUGACUGUAAAUUGUCUUUGUUGCAAAUUAGUACACGGCACUAGUAAAACCCUUGGAAGAGGACCAGGUUAGUUUCAGGUUGUAUAAAACUAAAAUCACACACAUCUUCGAACAUUGACGUUGGAGAACACUAGGAAAAGGUGUUUUUCUUUACUUUUGGUUUAAGGAUUAGAGUUGAGUUAAGUUUUUAUUAGUUUUGGAUUUGAAAGAAAAUCAAAAUGUUGGUCUCAUUUGGUUAUCUUAGUUUGUUUUAUUUAACAACUGCAUUCUUUUAACAUGUUGCCCCUUUUAUUAAGUCCAAUCUAAAGAGCUUCUUUGCAAACUUCAAAACAUUUCCUUAAACAAGCUGGGUCGAAGCAAUAGCUAAUCUAAGAGCAGAAUGUUCAUUAUCAAGUCCAAGAUAUUCCUUUUAAUGUCCUUUUAUGUCCCGUGAGUCAGUUGGGAGCAGUCGAAAUGUAAUGAUACAAAAAAUGUUUGUUUGAAUGUUGUGUGUUGAAGAAAUAAAUGUCUUGGAAAUGGGGUCUAACUAUUUUGCACCAGAAUUUGGGUUAAAGGAUGAAAAUAUCACCCAUUAAGGAUGGUAAUACUGGAUAAAUCAGUAUGAACUCUGAACAUAAAACUGGUGUUUUAUGAUCAAGUGCUCCAAAACCAUCACAGAUGGGGAUGUUUUGUCGCAGGUCAUCCUUGACUCAACCCACAAUUUCUGGCAAACUUACUGUGUACUGGCCAAUCAAGGCAACAUGCCAAAUGUACCACA